AUCAUAUUGCAUCCUGUAACGGGGCGAUCUGUACUGCACACAAUAUUCCAAAUGUAAUCUAGCCAAAGUAUUAUAAAGCUGACUCUUACACUCAAUGUCCCAACCGUUAAAGGCACGCACACCAAACAUCUUCUUUGCCAUUCUACCUAUUUGUGUCACUGGAUAAAAUAAGGUGGGUAGGUCCGGUGCAACAUAGUGAAUGAAUAAAAUGACAUGAGUGGUUGUAUUCAGAUAAUAGAGUGAAUGGGCUGGACAGAAUACUGUCUAUACUGUUCUAUGUUCUGUUGUGACAAUAUGACAUCCAAAUGCAGCAAAAUUAAAAGGGUCAAGGAAGUCCCAAUUCCAUGAAGAGUUCUGGAAGACAAAGAAUGAAUAGAUGUAAUAGAGAUUUGUGCAUAGUGGGCGUGACACUAAUGAACUCAAUGUACACAAUGAGAUGGUAUGGGAUGGUGAGGUCAAUUAAACGCAUAGGAUAUUUAGGCAGAAUGGGAUGUGUAAGAACAUGUCUGGGUGCAAUGGAAUAGUCAAGUUUGAGAAAAGAACUUCAUACAAUGAGACAGCUCAACCUAAGAAGAUGGUUGAGCAACGAAUAUAUGCUUGGACACAAUAGUAUGAUGAGCACAAAGAAAUGGAUAAGUACCAAAAUGGCUGGAUAGAAUGGGAGGAGGAGGACACAAUGGGAUGGGCUGGUAAUAUUAGAUGACUGUCAAUUUCCCUACUUAAAAACGCCAUGGGAGCACUUACACGACACAAACAAAAGUAUGUUUUUACAGUGGAAGUUAAGGAUACAACAACAUAAGAGAAUAGGAGCAGAAGUUGGCCACCAGGCCCCUCAAGCCUGCCCCGUCAUUCAAUAUUAUCAUGGCUAAUACACCCAAUGCCUUCCCAGUGCAGGAUCCCCAUAGCCCUUAAUUCCCCUGGAAAGGAGAAUGAGUGUUGAUCAUGCCACCAAUGACUACAUGCCGCUAAGACAUUAAUUAAGGAAAAUAACAUCUGUGAGAUAAUUGGUUAGAUUAUAUUUGUUUGUUGGAUCUAAACAAGUGUGUGUGCAGACAAAAAGACUAUUGACCCACUGGUCAGUCCGAUAUUGUAACAUCUCCUUUGUACUACACUGGAAUAUUAGCCUGGAUUUUUUUUUCUCUAGAGUGGGAUUGGAACGUACACAAUUCUAACUGGGUGCAAAAGUUCAGUCGAUAAUAUAUCAUAGGCUCUGUAUGAGACAAAAUUAAUGUAAGUAGGAGGAGAUGAAAAUGGAGGGGAUUUCUUAUAACAAAAGAAAAGAUGAAAGGGAAUGGAAGUACUGGUCUGUUUCACCGUUCACCUAAUGAAAACAAUUUAAGUAAAUACGUGACUCACCAAUUUGACGCUGAUAAGUUUCAGUCACAAAAGCUACGUCUUUGACGGACGCAAGGGGCUAGGUUAUUUGAUCGACGGUAGACCAGCAGCUCAGACGUGUGGGAUCCGCCGGUUGCUGAGAGGACGACCAUGGCUACCACAAUGUGCCAGUGCCUGGGCUUUACCGUUGCCUCUCUUGGCUUUGUCGGCACCAUCGUGGCCACUGCCCUGAACAUGUGGAGCACUCAGGAUUUGGGCCAGGAUCUGGUGACAUCGGUUUACAACUACAUGGGACUGUGGAAAACCUGCGUACAGCAGACGUCGGGCUUCACAGAAUGUCGCCCCUUCUUUACCGUUCUCGGGCUUCCAGCCACAUUCCAAGCUAUCCGGGCUCUGAUGAUUGUCUCCAUCGUUCUCUCGUUGAUCGGCUCUAUGGUCUCCAUCCUGGCACUCAAGUGUAUUCGACUGGGAACCAUGGAAGAUACUGCCAAGGCCAACCUCACACUCACCUCUGGAAUCCUGUUCAUCGUUGCAGGAGUCUGCUGCGUAGCUGGUGUAUCAAUCUACGCAAAUAUGUUGGUGACUAACUUCUGGAUGACAUGUUACACAGAGGGUAGUGUGGCUGUUGCUGAUGUCAUGUUUUGGACUGAUAAGAGCAUUAUUCCUCACAGGUAUACGUUUGGUUCUGCCUUGUUUGUGGGUUGGGUAUCUGGAGGUUUGCUCCUAGUCGGUGGAAUCGUGAUGUGCAUUGCCUGUAAAGGAAUGGUACCCGAAGAGACUCGGUGAGUAAAUGAGCAACUGGAGGGAAAUCCAUGGGCAUUUACAUUAAUCAUCACUUUAAUCUAUAACGCACGAGAGCUCAAUGACCUCCAUUUAAUACAUAGCCUCCAUUCUGCUUAAAGGUUAUAUACUAUGAGUGCAAAGUUAAACCCAUUCUUUAAAAUAACCUGCAUUCCAUAUUCUCUGUCUCUUAUUUCAAGUUUCUUUACUCAGCUUAUACUAAGAACAAAAUAUCAAAAUUCAACUAAGAAUUGCUCUUAAAGGAUUUUUAAAAUUUAUACCCUUGCAUUGUCAGUGUCGUCUCAUGCUCCUCCUUCAUUCUCCAAUUACUGUUUCUCCCAUUCUUCCUCACCCACUAUCUUCAGAAAAUGGUGCACUCCAGACCAUUGGAACAGCCUAAGUCAUCUCAUGAUUCAAAAUCUCUCCCUCAACCUCUGGUCUCCUCCUCUGAACUCCGACAGUGUCCUGUAAUGUGUACCUUAGCCUUGAGGUUCGAUAAUGCUAAAUCAAAACACAUCAUUAUAUGUGUCUGUGGUCAUAAUAAGGAUCUGUUUCCAAAACACAUCACUAGUAUCGAGACCACCCAGAGGAAAUAAACAACCUGGAUUUAAGGUUUCUCUUCUGAGAAGGGACUGGAGAAACUGAAGUCAUUAGGAUGCCCACUGUUGGAGUUCAAAUUUAUAAGAAGUUUUGAAAAUUACAUCCACUGGUAAUGAUAAAAUUAAUGUAAGAUCUUCCUUAAAAGGAAAGAAAAAGUCUUGAUAAUAAAUUUUAUUCCAGAGAGGUUUACUGGGUCCGGCAGAUAUAGUGUGAGGGAAAGUAGCAAACCACCUGGGUCUGAUGGCAUGCGAUGAACAGGAAGGUUGGCACUGUAAUUAAGACGGUGAAAGCACAGUGUACGGGAAGGGUCAUGCAAGUCCUUUAAAAGAGGGGGGAGAAGGAGUGGAGCCAACUUUUAAGAAGCCAGAGAUACAUGGCUGUGAAGCUCUGCGGACAUUAACAUUGCCGGUCGGUUAUCCUUGGUUCUGAAAAUUACUGCUUACGUUUUUUUCCUCAAUGAGCCAAUGAAAUUCACCGGUCAGCACCGGCUACAACCUACAAGAACCUACGACAACCUUCAACCUCCUGGCAGCCCACUACCACUGCACCUAGGCACAUGAUUUCUCGCUACUUUCCAUGGCAGCAUAAUUCCCAGAAUGUGGGAACUCUUCACGACCAUGAAGGCGGCUACCCGGGAACCACCCGCGAACAUGUGACGACCAUGUGGCGACCGCAUAGUCUCCUGCAGUCACCCUAAAGAGUCGCCUAAGUGGGACAGGCCCAUCAGGAUUUUAAGAGAAUCGGUUUCAGUAGUAGUGAAUAUUGGGUUUUCAUUGACCAGAUUUAUCUUGUGACUUGGAAGCUACUAAAUGUAACCCAAUUUUUUGAGGAAGCGGGGUAGACAGGUAACUAUAAGUUAAACAAUCUGACAUAACUGGUAGAGAAACUAUGACCACAAUUCAGGUCAUAGUUAAUCAUUUGGGUACUGUCAGCUAGAUUUUAUGAAAGGAAGAUUCAUCAAAAUUAUGGAGGAUGUAAUAAGUAGGGAGAUAAGGAGAAACUAUUAAAUAGAUUCAAGUUAAUAGAAGGCUUUCAAACACUCAUCCUACAAUUCACUGAUGCUAUACCAAAUUUUAUGGCAUUGGGGUAAGAUGCAGUGAGCAGUAGUUGGCACUUACACAAUGUUGGAAAUAGACAAGUUAUUUUUCAACAGGUGACAUUUUGGAUUGAGACCCUUCUUCAGAGAUGCUGCCUGUCCCGCUGAGUUGCUCCAACAUUUUGUGUCUACCUUCAAUUUAAACCAAUAUCUGCAGUUCGUUCUUACACAUUAUUUUUCAUCAGGACUGGGUAUAACUAGAGGAUGCCAAAAGGAUGAAAGCUAGGAGUUUCUUUCUAGUUUAUAUCAUGAGCUGAGUAUUAAUAAAAUGCGUUUAUUUGGCCUCACCCAUGAGGGAAAAGUUCAUUUCCACAUAGAGGACAUAGACAUUUGGGUAGAAGAGGGUUUUCUCAUACAUAAAGCAAGACCUUCACUGUAGUCAUGUAUUGGAUUUAAUAAUAACCUGAACAGCACAAUAAUGCAGUUUAUAAAGUUAUUAACUCACAGCUCCAGCAAUCCAGUGCUGUCUGUGUGAAGUUUGCACAUUCUCCGUGUGACCACAUAGGUUUCUACCCAGAUGCUCUGGUUUCCUCUCGCAUCCCUAAAAGGUGCAAUUGGUAGAUCAAUUGGCUUGUAAAUUAACUACAUUUCCUUUAGUACGUGAGUGAGUUGGAGAAGUGAAUUGAUGGGAGUGUGGGGACUAUGAGACAAAUGUAGGAUUAAAGUAAGGGGGCUCUUGGAGAUCAACAUGAACUCGAUAGCCAGAAGAGCCUAUUUCUGUGCUGCACAUCUCCAAGACUGUAUAUCAGGACCUUCAAGAGAGACAAUGAGAGAAGGUCCUGCUGACAGCAGGGAUAAUUGAGGUCACAAUCAGAACGACAUGAUCUCAUCAAAUGACAGUGCGGGCUUGAAGGGUUUAGCAGCCAACUUCUCUUCCUAAAUCAGUAGGAAUGUUCAUACACUCAUUAAACAAUACUUCUUUUAUGCAGGUAUAAUUCCACCAUCUACAAGGCUCCAAGCCGAGGUCACACCUACAAGUCUGGCUACAAAUCCAGCACCCACUAUGAAACAGAAAUGGCUCCAGUAAAGAGGACCUAUCCCGAUGAGAAAUCCGCGUACAACCGGAGCACUAAUGAGGAUACCAAACAAGGGAAAUAUGAUUAUGUAUAACGUUGCUGGUUUCACCAUGAUCCCAGUGCCACCCUGAGGUGAGAGUCUGGAUGGCAGCCAUCACCUCAGGAUUCCAAAUAUAUUCCCAGAUUCAAUUUUCAUCCCCAGCCCCCUCCCCUUAUCCAGUCACUCUAUUAUGUAGUUUAGAUUCCCAUAAUGUGCAGUGUCAUAGAAUGUUCCCCCUAUUGACUAAGAUGACAGGUUUGCCCAGUUGCCAUGCAUGAGAAAGCAGUAAAAAACAAUUUAUGUGGGGACUGCAGUCAAGAACUAGCCACUGGCAGUGGAAUGAUUGACAGGCUGUACUAUAUGGAUAAUCCACCACCAGCCGUCUUGCUUCCCCACUGAAGUUGAGCAUCAUCCCCAAAGAUACUUGGCUGGAAGCUAGAGUUUGAAUCCACUUUCAACCAACAUGUUCUUAUUACCCAUGGAUGAAGUAGGUCAACUUAACAAACACCACAAUACAGACACUAAAAGUUAGGCAAACUAGGCAAACUGUUCAAUCCCAACAAUAAGAACAGGGUUAACACGGUUGUUAAAGUUGGUAAUGUAAAUAGAUUCAAGGUACCUCUAGAUGCAUUUCCCAAGAAACCUGGUGGAAGAAACAUGUUGAAAGGCAAGUGUGGUGGAUAAUCCAUCCCGGGGUAUUACUGGACAAAACUUGUCCCUCCUCUUCCCACACUUCCUUAUCCUGAUGACAUGAUGCCAUUGGAUAUUAAAUUGAAUGCGAAUGGUUCCAUUUUCUCAAAAUGAAUAACACCCAUACACAAGGAGGAAAGUACGACCCAAAUGUUCCAAAUGUCAAGUGAUCUUUACUGAGGUUAAACAAUUUUCCAAUGUAGUAUUCCUGAUUCUGAUAUCUGGAACUGCUUCCCAAUUUCGUACAUCCCCUGUAUCUUUUUCAUUUUCAGAAUUCCCCCUCUGAAUACAUUAAUUUGAUGUUAUCUAUUUUCCACUAGCUGUACAAUAAUAUAUCCUAACUUAAAACCUUGAUCCCCAAAUCCCUCUAAUGCUGCCUUUGAACUCUCAACCUGCUUGGUGUAAUUUACCUUUCCUCUUUAGUCUUUUUUUUUUUACAGUACAAAUGAUUGGAGCAGGACAUAUUUGGACAUGUAUGAAUAACACUAGUAUAAAUGGGAAAGGGAUAAUGGAACAAGAGAUAGCUAGAAGGUUCACAGAGGAUGUAAAGGAGAUAAGGACAAAGAUUAUAGUGCACUAUAAGGCAAGAAGAGGUGAAGAAUGUUUAACUCAGAACCAUUUUAAGAGAACUAUAAUCUAUUGUGGGCAUUGCUUCACAUCAGAACUCAUCCACAGAUAUUAGUGCUUUAUUUUUUCCAAAAAUAAAACUUUACAAAUCAACGUUAUGCUGUUAGAAAUUAGGAACAUUUUCUAAUCUUAUCCCUGAGAUUUAGUUUGAUGCAAAAUGUGUUUUGUUUUUUUAUAAACUAUGACAAUGAAUAAAUACUUUGUUUUAUUAUUCAUAAAUAUUUUGCAAGUGCUGCAGGAAUUAUAUCAUCAUAAAAUAUUGGCUCAGAGGUGAAGAUACCAGACUAGUAACCAAAGGGCCUGGAUUAACAAUUGGACAGAGUGAUUCAAAUCUCACUCUGGCAGCUAUGAUAUUUGUU